UUGGAGAAACACUCACCAGCACACAUCUACACUUACACACAAAGCUCAAGCACUUUAAGGAGUCAGAAGAAAUUGGCACUUGCUCUAACAGUCAAAUUUACAUUCUCUAAUUAGUAAUAGGGUGAAUUUAAACUCAUAAACAGCGCUUAUUCUCAAGACAGUGCAAAACCUCUCUUCUACUUAGGAUAAACACCUUCAGUUUUGGAUCACAACUGCUGGCAGGAGUGAUGUCUGUGUCUCUGUGGUGUAAAGAGGAGGAGGACCAGGACAGGACUCAGUGUCGGGAAUCUUCGGUCAGAGCCCCCUGGGACCCAAGCGCCUCUGGAUUGAGGGUUAUUCAGAGACUUCUACAGUCGGAGGAAAGGUACCUGCCCUCCCCACUCUACAUCUCCCUCAUCCAGAGAGAACCUCAGCACAGAGAGGAGCUCGCUAAGUUGACCAUGGAGGUUUGCUGUGAAUGUGACUGCAAUGAGUCUGUAUUCCCCCUGGCUGUCUCCCUGUUGGAUCGAUAUCUGUCAGCCACUCUAUCUAUGCCUGUCUCUCCAUCCUGUCUGGCUGCAGCUUGUAUCCUGGUGGCUUCCAAACUGUCAGAAAGUGAUACAGUUAGUGCAGAUACCCUCUGUGCAGCAGUAGAGUAUGACUUCCUAUCCUCAAACAUUCGGGAAAUGGAACGUGUUGUCCUGGCGACCCUGCGAUGGGAUGUGGCAGCAGUGACCCCUCAAGACUUUAUACCACACUUCCUUCGCAUUCUCGGGGAACUGAAGGAUAGUGACACAAACACAGGAGACUUUCUCUCAACACUGAGACGUCAUAGUGACACACUUGUUGCCAUGUGUGUGUGUGACUCUCGUUUUCUGGGAACACCUCCUUCACUGGUUGCUGCAGCUGCACUAAACUCAGCCCUUCGGGGUUUAAGGGCCAAGAGUGCAGGAGAACUGAGUGUCAUGACUUCUGCCCUGGCCACAUUCUGUCAGACUGAUGUGGCUGUGCUACAGUGCUGCACUGAUCUGAUUGAGGGAGCUCUCAGGCAGAGAUUGAGAAAUGGAGCACAAGAAGAGAAAGAUGCUAAUAUUGAAGAUGAAAGAGUCAGCACUCCUACAGACCUAAGAGAAAUAGACUUUUAAAGCAGGGUUAAUUCAUGAGUGAUAUUUAUUGCGCCUGUUUGUCUGCAGUCUCACUUUAAUUUAUCAGUAAAACUGAUUUAAACACAAUGUGACAUUUAUGUUUUGUAUUAUGUAACUUUUGAAGUGAUCUAAUUUAUAAUAAUUUGUAUUUAUUUGUUUGAGGGAUUAUUUACUUGUGGAUUGUUUACUUUGAGAAGAUUUACUUGUGCCAUAUUUAUUACUUCUAUUGCCAUAACUGUAAUUGCGACUAUUUAUGUAUUUCAGGUUUAUUCUCUUCACUUUAUGUAUUGCGUUUCCACAUUUUAUAAUUAAUAUAUUAUUUAUUGUGUGCAAUUUUUUUUUUACAUUUGAAUUUAUUUUGCUUAUAAGUGUUUCAACCGGGUUGUAAUCAAAGUGUUUGAUAAAAUGAAAAUCUGUUUUUCAAAGUAAUUGUCUACGUUUGUCAACAAUAGUUUGUCAGUAGUGCUUGAUUCUCUCAUUGUCCAUUUA